GCUCCAAGCUCGGCAACCAACCUCGCUCCUUGCGCCAAUUGGCCCUGCCCCCACCGCUGUUCACACCACACGCGGUCGACCCAAUCGAUUAAACCGAUUGAUCAACCGACCGAGCGAGCCGACGAGCGCCCGAUUGCCAUCGCGAUCGCGAUUGCGAUCGAUUGAUCCACCAGGACUGCCUGCCAUUCGCGUGCGCAGCGCGGUUUUACGCGGAGCAAAGCAGAGCUGAGCAGAGCAGCAAACGAAGCGCGACAGGCAGGUUCGGGUUUGAAGCGCAUCAGGUCGGCUUCGCAGGUUGUGAAGGACGGGAUCAGUGAAGGCUGUCUGGUGAAGGUCCGGACGGACGUAAGAUAAAGGGAGAGAAAGAGGAUAGGACAGAAGAACAGCGCAGGGGAAACAAGCAAAGGUUGCCCGCCAUGCCGCAGGAUAUGCCGCCUGCUGGCGGCUAUGAGGCCGUUCAGUUUAGGCGCAAUCUCCCGUCCCGCGGCCUGUUCCGCCCCGGCCCUCUCAUCGCCGGCGGCGCCGCGCUCAUGCUCUUCGGCUGGUACAAGCUGAUCGUGGGCAUCCGCGAGCAGAAUGAGCUCGCCCGCGAGAAGAUGUGGGCCCGCAUCCACCUGAUCCCGCUGCUCCAGGCCGAGGAGGACCGCGACCAGGUCCGCAGGUACCUGGCGGACCAGGCGCGCGAGAAGGAGCUGUUGGGCGAGAACACGCGCGUUUAUCACUCCGACCGGUUUGUCCGGCCCACGUUCGGUGUUACGCCGGCGGUUGUGUCGAAGGAGUAGACUUAGGGGUGGAGACGGUGGCCCCUCGGUGAGUGCCGCCUGGGGAAGAAGCUGGCUGGUGCCUUGUCUCACCUCCACUUGGCGGCGUCCUGCGGGUUGGCUGGACAUAUUGUGCUAUAGCUGGAAACUCGAGGGUUUGUGAGCAUCUUUGCAGGAGGCAUCUCAACAUGUUUGAGUGAGUGACCCCUGGGAGCGUUUCCUGUCUAGAACAUAAAACUGCUUCACUCCCUUGGCG